AUGGCUGUGGACCGUUAUGUGGCUGUCUGUAACUCUCUGAGGUACAACAUCAUCAUGAACCCCUGCACUUGCACCUGGGCUGUGAUUGCUUCAUGGGUGUUUGGGUUUCUUUCCGAAAUCUGGCCUGUCUAUGCCACGUUUCAGUUUACCUUCUGCAAAUCCAGUGUGUUAGACCAUUUUUACUGUGACAGAAGACAAUUGCUCAAACUAUCUUGUGAUGACACUCUGUUCACAGAGUUUGUCCUCUUCUUAAUGGCUGUCUUCAUUGUUGUUGGCUCUUUGAUUCCUCUGAUCAUCUCCUAUACCUACAUCUUCUCCCCCAUCCUCAGGAUCCCCUCAGCCUCUGGCAGGAAAGCUUUCUCCACAUGUUCCUCUCAUUUUACUUUUGUGGUCAUUGGCUAUGGCACUUGCUUCUUCCUGUAUGUGAAACCCAAGCAAACACAGGCAGCUGAGUACAACAAGAUCAUUUCCCUGCUGAUUUCCAUGGUGACCCCUUUCCUGAACCCUUUCAUCUUUACUCUCAGGAAUGACAAAUUCAAGGAGGCCUUUCUAGAUGGGGUGAAACACUGCUGUCAACUCCUUAAACACUAA